AUGGUUGGCUCUUAUGAGCAUAACCUCUUGUGUCUUUCGCUAGUCUUGGAAGGUACCAAAGAACCUGUUUUCACACCAGUUUUUCACUUCCAGGCCCAUGCGUUAUCGAUCAAAUCCAUAGACAUUGCAAAGAGGUACUUGGUAACAGGCUCGAACGAUGAGCAUAUAAGAAUCUAUGAUCUACAAAAAAGAAAAGAGCUUGGGACUCUCUUGAGUCACCAAGGUACCGUUACCACAUUGAGAUUCUCUAAGAUAGGAGCUCAAAACAGUACAGAGACAGGCAAAUCAGGCAAAUGGCUUCUAUCCGGCUCUGAAGACGGUAAGAUCAUCAUAUGGAGAACAAAAGAUUGGGAAAUGUUGGGCACAUUGAAGGGUCACCAGGGCCGUGUCAAUGAUUUGGACAUUCAUCCUUCUGGAAGGGUAGCCAUUUCAGUUUCAACAGAUAAGACAGUGAGGUUAUGGAACUUGAUGACCGCUAAAAAAGCUGCAGUUCUUAAAAUAAAGGGUAAAGACCACUUGGGACAGUCUGGCGAAAUCGUCAGAUGGACCAAUUCAGGAAAGCAUUUCAUCGUUGGCUUAUUGAAUAGGAUCUUUUUCUACGAAUUGGGAGAUGAGGCGGAGAUUAAGCACAAGCUUGAAUUCAAAACUACCUUAAUGUGUCUUGAAGUAGCUCAUAUCCAAGGUAAAGAGUAUUUGAUAACUGGGCAUAGCAACGGUACGAUCGAAUUUGUUGAAAUUAACAAGAUCUUGGAUCUGAAGGAAGAAACACCAUCUACUGAGCCUGAAUUCGUCCUUAGUGGUCACCUGAACAGAGUUAAGGGCUUGAGUAUAUAUUGUGACGAAAUUGAAACCAAGGGGAUUCCAUACCUCGUUUCUGUGUCUUCUGAUGGAAGAAUUGUCGUAUGGGACUUGAGAACAGAGGUCAGAGAUCAAGUUGCUGUUUAUGAUAGCGGAGAAAGACUCAAUUGUGUUGCAGUACGCGGUGAAACAGUGGAAAAAGCGCACACAAUGAAAAGAACUCACGAGGAAUCAGAAGCAAAUGGAGUUAGUGAGUCUGAAUUUGAGACGGAUGCUGAGGAAGUUCAACGAGUCAUGAUUGAGAAGAAAAAGCGUGGAAAGAAGAAGAAAAAGUCAAAGGUCAAUGUAACCCUCGAGUAA